AUGGUAAAAGAGCUAUUGAAUUAUAAAGUCGGUGUUAUCACCUGUGACCUUGACUUACGUGAUAAAAAGUUAUGUAUGAAAAGAUAUCAACUAGUGGUGACUGUGGAUGAUGAAAACGUUUUUCGUACCGACGUCUUCGGAGGAUCUGGCGUUGGCGACAUACACAUAGAAACCGAUAAAGUAAAAUAUAGAGCUGGAGAAACGGUGGAAGUUCGAGCUCUUUCUAUGACCAAUGAGAGAGAUUUUUAUUCUGGUGAUAUAAAGUUCGGCCUUAAAAAUCCUGAUGGUUUUACUAUUACAACCAAAAACAGAACAAAUUUAGAAAGAUUUCUACCUAUCAACUUUACCUUACCACAACGUGCUCGAGUUGGCAAAUGGCAAAUUACUGCUCAGGCGGAAGGCCGUCUAGAAGCACAAACCUUUUCCGUACCGUUUCUUGUUGCUGAUUACGAACUGCCGCCUCUUAGUCUGAUCAUGUCCAGCGCCGAAACUGUUUUAUUGAAUGUCUACAAACUUCAAAUUUAUGCUAAUUCUGCAGCAUUACUUUCAUCAGCACUGUCACAACGACCAUUCUGCUAG